GCAAAAUUUACUCUGGUCAAGACCAUGCUCAAAACAGUAACAAAGACGGUUCUUUCAAAAGAGCAGGCCGAGGGCCAGGGUGCUCGAGUGCGCCGCAGUAUUGGCACUUAUGAAUUACGCAACUUGGAUCCAUUUCUCAUGCUCGAUGAAUUUAUUGUUAGAGGCAAAGCUGGGUUUCCUGACCAUCCCCAUCGUGGUUUUGAGACGGUAACCUAUAUGCUUGAUGGGGUGUUCCAGCAUGAGGAUUUUACUGGCCAUAAGGGCACAAUUGGUCCUGGUGACCUGCAGUGGAUGACUGCUGGUCGAGGCAUUGUUCAUGCUGAGAUGCCAGCAUCUGAGGUUGGUACUGGUCUGCAGCUAUGGGUAAACCUACCAAAAAAAGCCAAGAUGAUGCCACCAUUAUACCAAGAGCUGAUUGCUGCAAACGUUCCGUUUGCAACCUCUCCCGAUGGACUCACUUCCGUCAAGGUCAUUGCUGGCGAAUCAUAUGGUGUGCACGCCAAGGUCCACACAGUCACUCCCAUAUACUAUCUAGAUGUGUCCAUGCAGCCCAAUGCCACAUUCAAUCAGUUGAUACCAGAAGGUUAUACAGCUUUUGCAUACACGCUGACAGGUGGUGCUUCAUUUUCUACGCUAGCAAAUGAACAGCUUGCAGAUCCUCAUUGCACAUUGGUCUUUAGCUCUAAGGGUGACAGCAUAAAAGUAGUCACUGCAUCAGAUCCCGCAAGAUUUGUUAUUAUUGCUGGCGAACCGAUCAAUGAGCCCAUUGUCCAGCACGGUCCUUUUGUCAUGAACACAGAGCAGGAGAUCAGAGAAGCAAUUAUGGACUAUCAACUAGGACGUAAUGGAUUUGAAAAGGCAGCCAGCUGGGAAUCUGAAAUUGGCAAAGUCCACACCAAGACAGCACCUCAGUCUGCAUAAUAAAUGAUGAUUAUUUUACUUUGCAUAC